AUGCUUCAUCUUCCAGACACACUGCAGGUCCUGGUGUGUGAGACUCCCCAGAUGCAGAGGAAGAGCCAGGACCAGGACCAGAGUCAGGACCAGGACCAGAGUCAGGACCAGGACCAGAGUCAGGACCAGGACCAGAGUCAGGACCAGGACAAGAGUCAGGACCAAGACCAGAGUCAAGACCAGGACAAGAGUCAGGACCAGGACCAGAGUCAGGACCAGGACAAGAGUCAGGACCAGGACAAGAGUCAGGACCAGGACCAGAGUCAGGACCAUGACCAGAGUCAGGACCAGGACAAGAGUCAGGACCAGGACCAGAGUCAGGACCAGGACCAGGGUCAGGACCAGGACAAGAGUCAGGACCAGGACCAGAGUCAGGACCAGGACAAGAGUCAGGACCAGGACCGGAGUCAGGACCAGAGUCAGGACCAGGACAAGAGUCAGGACCAGGACCAGAGUCAGGACCAGGACAAGAGUCAGGACCAGGACAAGAGUCAGGACCAGGACCAGAGUCAGGACCAUGACCAGAGUCAGGACCAGGACCAGAGUCAGGACCAGGACAAGAGUCAGGACCAGGACCAGAGUCAGGACCAUAACCAGAGUCAGGACCAGGACAAGAGUCAGGACCAGGACCAGAGUCAGGACCAGGACAAGAGUCAGGACCAGGACCAGGACAAGAGUCAGGACCAGGACCAGAGUCAGGACCAGGACAAGAGUCAGGACCAGGACCAGAGUCAGGACCAGAGUCAGGACCAGGACAAGAGUCAGGACCAGGACCAGAGUCAGGACCAGGACAAGAGUCAGGACCAGGACAAGAGUCAGGACCAGGACCAGAGUCAGGACCAUGACCAGAGUCAGGACCAGGAUCAGAGUCAGGACCAGGACAAGAGUCAGGACCAGGACCAGAGUCAGGACCAUAACCAGAGUCAGGACCAGGACAAGAGUCAGGACCAGGACCAGGGUCAGGACCAGGACAAGAGUCAGGACCAGGACCAGAGUCAGGACCAGGACAAGAGUCAGGACCAGGACCAGAGUCAGGACCAGGACAAGAGUCAGGACCAGGACCAGAGUCAGGACCAUAACCAGAGUCAGGACCAGGACAAGAGUCAGGACCAGGACCAGGGUCAGGACCAGGACAAGAGUCAGGACCAGGACCAGAGUCAGGACCAGGACAAGAGUCAGGACCAGGACCAGAGUCAGGACCAGGACAAGAGUCAGGACCAGGACCAGAGUCAGCACCAGGGUCAGGACCAGGGUCAGGACCAGGACCAGAGUCAGGACCAGGACCAGAGUCAGGACCAGGACCAUGACCAGGAUCAGAGUCAGGACCAGGACCAGCGCCAGGACCAGGAGCAGAGUCAGGACCAGGACCAGGGUCAGGACCAGGGUCAGGACCAGGACCAGAGUCAGGACCAGGGUCAGGACCAGGACCAGGAAUCCACCAUUAACUAA